ACCUCCCACCUCCACAACCCCAAGUUCCUCUCACACAGCAACCUUUACGCGUCACUUCCACCUCUUCAUUACUUUCUUUCUGAUAAAUACAUCCAGUUCUUCUGCUCGCUCUUGCCCAUCACCAUGACUGAGAAAAAGCCCUUUUGGAAGGGCCUAACGGUCUCCCUCUUCGGCGGAAAGAAGCUGAAGAAGCCCAAGCCUCCCACCAUGGAGCAGCCAGCCCCGGAGCCUCGAGCUCCCGAGACCAACCAAGGGCAGCAGACUGCCCUCGUACCCUCCAUGGCGGACCUCUUCGGAGGCAGUCCAUCAGCCUAUCCUCCCGUCCCCCAGGGGCUCUUCCAGCAGCAGCAGGAGGCUGCCGUGGGCCGCAGAACCCUCCCUGUCAACACCCCGAUCCCUGGCCACGGCCCCUCCCGCCAAUUCCCGGUCCAGGGCCUCCCGGCGCCCCAUCAGCGUGAGGGUCGCCGCCGACCAAGAGCCCCCGUGCUGCCUCCUCGCCGCUCGCCCCCUUCCUGGAAGAAGCGUCCCGUAGGGCCAUUCAGGAACCCCAUCCCGUUGUUCUUUCCGGGGAUGCCUUCCAGCCUGAGGCCCGAAGACCCAGAGUUUGACGAUUGGCUUGCGGAGAAUUCCUGGCUGGAUGAUGAGGGGAGGUUGCUGAGCCAGCUGGAGAGGGAGAAGUUGUUGGAGAGGAAGAGGAAGGAGGAGGCGGGGGAGGAGAUUGAGGAGGAGGGGAAGAAGGAAGAGAUGGAGGCAGGGAAGGAGGAGGGGGAAGAGAAAGAGGCAGAAGAGAAGGAGCACGGAGGGGAGGAGCAGGAGGGAGAUUGGGAGGAUGUAGAGGAUGAGGAGUAGUAGGGGAUCGCUGAGGGAGGGGGGUAGAAGGAGGAUGAGGUGGGCUCCGGAUUAUCCAUCUCGUCACUUGGCUUUUCAUUGCUUUGCUUUCUUUACUUUCCUUUAUUCUUCUUUUCCUUUGUCAUGGAGUUAUAUACCCUGGGGUCGUGUCGGGGUAAGACAUGUAUAGGUUCUUGCGACCUUGCCGUCUGUACAAGUAUCUUUCUUUUCCCGAGUAUUGCUUCCCUACAUCUGACUGCAUUGAGUAAUGAUGCCUUGAGAUGGCGCAGGAGCUGCUCAUAUGGCAAAGCAUUCCGCCGCGAAGUGAGGAAUAGUGAGCAGGGGCGGAGGAUACAUGGCAUCUAGGCCGUACGCUAAGGCAUUCGUAGUUUGGAUACA